AUGCAGCAGGGCCGCCCGUCCCUCUGCUGCGUCUCCGCCGUCCGCAGCUCGCAGGGUGCCCCUGAGCCAGCCGCAGCCGCCGCCGCUCACUUCAGCUUCUGCCGCAGCCUCCUGGAGCACACGGUGUCGGCCGAGAACCUCAGCUACCGCCUGCAGCGCAGCCCCGGCACCAGCCUCACCUGGCACGACGGCCGCAGCCAGCGCGCGGAGGGCGCCCGCGCCGUCAAGCUCCUGCGGCAGCCGGGCACCGAGGGCGCGCAGGGCCGUGCCUGCGAUCACUAUGGCAUCUACCACACCAGCCCCACGGUGGGCAGCCUUACCAAGCCGGUGGUGCUCUGGACCCAGCAGGAUGUGUGCAAAUGGCUGAAGAAGCACUGCCCGCACAACUAUCUCGUCUACGUGGAGGCCUUCUCCCACCACGCCAUCACAGGUCGGGCGCUGCUGCGGCUCAACGGGGAGAAGCUGCAGCGCAUGGGCAUCGCUCACGAGGCGCAGCGGCAGGAGGUCCUGCAGCAGGUCCUGCAGCUCCAGGUGCGCGAGGAGGUCCGAAACCUGCAGCUGCUCAGCCAAGAUUGUACCAGCACUGUGAACCGAGCACCUCCGGGAUGGACUGUGCACCGCAGAUACGAGACCUGA